AUGGCGAGCGUCAACAUGGGGCCGAGGCUGCUGCUCGCCGCGCUGCUCGUCGCCGCCGAGGCGGCCGCCGUCCGCGGCUUGAACGGCGACGAGGACCAGAGCGUGGACACGGAGUGCAAGAUGAAAAGCGUCACCGUGUCGGCGCUGCCGUUUCUGCGGGAAAACGACCUUAGCAUCAUGCACAGCCCGUCGGCCUCCGAGCCCAAGCUGCUGUUCUCCGUCAGGAACGAUUUUCCCGGAGAGAUUGUGGUGGUCGACGACCUGGAGAACACCGAGCUCCCUUAUUUCGUGUUGGAGAUCUCUGGGAACUCGGAGGACAUUCCCCUGGUUCGCUGGAGGCAGCAGUGGCUAGAGAAUGGGACUCUGCUCUUCCACAUCCACCACCAGGAUGGCAGUGUAAACCUCCCUGGGAUGUCUCCAACCGAAGACCCUGCCAAUGAUUCUGCAGAGGAGGAGCUACGCAUCCUGCACAUCUCUGUCAUGGGUGGUAUGAUUGCUUUGUUGCUGUCCAUCCUGUGCCUGGUCCUCAUCCUCUACACCCGCAGGCGCUGGUGCAAGCGCCGUCGCGUCCCUCAACCCCAGAAGAGUGCCAGCGCUGAGGCCGCUAAUGAGAUCCACUACAUCCCAUCAGUGCUGAUGGGCGGCCAGGCCCGAGAGAGCCUGAGGAACUCUCGGGGCCAAGGGCCCAACUCCAGUGGCACCCUCAGCAUCCGAGAGACACCCAUCUUGGACGGGUACGAGUAUGACAUCACCGACCUUCGCCACCAUCUGCAGCGGGAGUGUAUGAACGGAGGCGAAGACUUUGCAAGCCAAGUCACCCGUACGCUGGAUUCCCUUCAGGGCUGUAAUGACAAGAACAACAUGGACCUCACACCUGUGAGCGACAACACCAAGCUGGCUCUGAUGAACAAGUACAAGGACAACAUAAUUGCCACGAGUCCCAUCGACAGUAACCACCAGCAGAACACCCUGCUCCCACACAACACCUCCACCAGCCAGCGCAAACGCCUCUCCAGCAACACCCGUGCGGGUUCAACUUUCUUGAACCCGGACGGGGACUCUGGGACGGAGGCAGACAGCGAGCCUCAGCUGGCCUUUUACACCGACCCAAACCGCAGUCGCCGCCGGAGCCGAGGUAUGAGAAAUGGUAACGCCAACAGCGCGUGGGGCUCAGGGGCAGGUUCCCCACGGAGCCCCAUCAAUAAGACCACCCUGACUCUGAUCAGCGUCAUCAGCUGUGUGGUUGGCCUGGUGUACUCCUCCCACCUUGCCUGCAACCUCGCCGUCCGGGUCAUCCUUCAUGUCCCAGAACACCUCAUCGCCGAUGGUUCACGGUUCAUCUUACUGCAGGGAAGCCAGUUAGAUGCCUCGGACUGGUUGAAUCCAGCUCAGGUGCUGUUGUACUACCAGCAGAACGCCAGCGGGCCCUGGGUCAACGAACUGUGCGGACGCCGCCUGUUGGACCCCUGUGAGCAUCAGUGCGACCCAGAGACAGGUGAAUGUCUUUGCCUGGAUGGCUAUAUGAAGGACCCAGUCCACAAGCACCUCUGCAUCCGCAAUGAGUGGGGGCCCAAUCAAGGACCCUGGCCUUACACCAUCUUCCAGCGUGGUUUUGAUCUUGUGAUGGGAGAACAACCCUCUGAUCGCAUUUUCAGGUUCACCUAUACUUUGGGCGAAGGAAUGUGGCUGCCAUUGAGCAAAAGCUUUGUCAUCCCCCCUGCCGAACUUGCCAUCAACCCCUCAGCCAAGUGCAAGACAGACAUGACAGUCAUGGAGGACGCCGUGGACGUACGAGAGGAGUUGAUGAUAAGUUCGUCCUUUGACAGUUUGGAGGUGCUCCUAGACUCCUUUGGGCCCGUCAGAGACUGCACUAAAGACAAUGGUGGCUGCAGCCGCAACUUCCGCUGCAUCUCCGACCGUAAGCUGGACUCAACCGGAUGUGUGUGUCCUCCAGGGCUGAGUCCCAUGAAGGACGGAACCGGAUGCUACGACCAUCACAUUGGCAUUGACUGCUCUGAUGGCUUCAAUGGGGGCUGCGAGCAGCUGUGUCUCCAGCAGCUGGCCCCUCUAGAGGAUGACCCAACACUCUACAACAUCCAGAUGUUCUGCGGUUGUAUUGAGGACUACAAGCGGGGGCCAGAUGGGAGGUCAUGCCAGCCUCUGUCAGAGGUCUGUACGGAGGGAGUUGACUGUGGGGAGACAGCGGACAUCCCAGCCAACCAGACUGUGUUUGGAGACCUGUUCUAUGGGUACAACAACCACACCAAAGAGACCACGUCCGGCCAAAUCCUCAAGGCCACAUUCAGGCAGAAGAACUUUGCCCGAGGCAUCGAGCAGCAGCUCCCAGAUGGCAUGGUGGUGGCGUCGGUGCCAACGGAGGUUCAGUGCCACGAGGAGCUGUCGGAACCUGUGCCCGACCCGGAGUACCUCACAGGUAUGGUGAAUUACAGUGAGGUUUCUGGCUACCCCCUUGUUCAGCAUUGGACUCUUCGCUCUGUACUGUACCAUGUCAGACUCAACCAGUGGGUUCUCUCACAAGCUUUCAGUUCAGCCAUCCAUUCACUGGACGGGGCGACGCAGCGCACUGACUUUGUCUCCAUCUUGAGGGAGUUUGGUAACCACUACGUGCAGGAGGCGGUGUAUGGCUUCCAGGAGGCAUGUACCAUCUGGUACCCCAAUAAACAGGUCCAAAGACAGCUGUGGCUGGAGUACCAGGACAUAAGCAAAGGUAACUCCCCCUCAGAAGAGUCGGAGGAGCGGGACAAGGAGCCACGAACGCUGACCUACCCAGCCUACAUCGCAAGUCUCCUGGACACAGGUGCCAAGCGCAAGGCAGCUGGGGUCCGUAUGGACUGCUCCAGCCAGGGGCAGUGCCCACGCUCCUGCCACCUGUGUCAUAUGAGCCCAGGGGCAUCUGGAGGACGCCAGCAGUCUGAGCCCGUCCUACUGCAGAUCACAAAGGCAGCGCCCAUCUACGAACUGGUGUCCAACAAUGAGACCUACCAGGCCCUUCAGGAAGCUAUGAUGAGUAUGUUGUGGUGUUCUGGGAAAGGGGAUGUCAUCGAUGACUGGUGCCGGUGUGAUUCCAGCGCCUUCGGGACAGACGGCCUGCCCACUUGCGCUCCUCUUUCCCGACCUAUGCUAAAACUGUCCCACACCUACGAGCCCAGCAGCUCCUUGGUCAUCAUGGAGUGGAACCACACUGAGCCACCGAUCGGGGUGCGGAUCGUCGAUUAUCUUAUCAGCCAAGAGAAGGUGACAGAGAGGACCGACCACUCCAAAGUUGAGACAGAGACCUUGCUGAGCUUUGUGGAUGACAUCCUGUCAGGGGCCAAGUCUCCCUGUGUGAUGCUGGGGGACGUCCCGGACCUUUUGACCUCUUCCAUCAGCAUGAUCGUCCGUUGUCUGGAGCCCGACACCACAUACAUGUUUCGGCUGUGGGCAGUAGACAACACCGGGCGCCGGUCCAGUCCCAGUGAGGUCACUAUAAAGACCCCAUGUCCCGCAGUUGAUGACGUCAAAGCCCAAGAGAUAGCUGACAAGAUCUACAACCUAUUCAAUGGCUACACCAGCGGUAAGGAGCAGCAGACUGCCUACAACACGCUGAUGGACCUGGGUGCUCCCACGCUGCACCGUGUCCUCUACCAUUACAACCAGCGUUACGAGAGCUUUGGCGAGUUCACCUGGAGGUGUGAGGACGAGCUCGGACCCAGGAAAGCUGGCCUCAUCCUUUCCCAGUUAGAUGAGCUUUCUAUUUGGUGCAAGGGUCUCCUCCAGGAGCCCAAGAUCGGCCUGCGCCGCAUGACGCUCAAGUUCCUGUCCUGCCGCUACACCGACACCAAGGCUUUCGGGCUGAACUGGGUGGACCUGGGCCAAGACCUACGCAAGGCCUGCGACGAGCAGAUGCUCACCGUCAUGUACAACGACUACGGCGAGCCCAAGGAGCUUUGA